AUGUCUUCCAGCGCCCAACAGAGCAAUGCAGCGUCCAGCAUACCUAAAGACGCGAAGACAAACUUCCUGCACCUGUCCGAUGCCGAGUUCCUAGAAAAGCUUCAGUCUUUCGCCAAGUUCAAGGAACGCUCGCACCAAACGCACCACCAAGUACACGUACCAGAACUCAUCGCGCGACUUCAACUCGAUACCCCGUUACCUACACCUAGCGAAGAUGCUUCUCCCCCCGCACCAGACGCGCCCGUACCAAACCUCUCAAACACAUCUCCCAUCAGUGUCGUCUACCUCGGCAACUCCAUGCUCGAGCGCUUCAAAACCAGCGGUAUCACCACCGACAUCGGCAAACUCGGAGACACUGGAGUCGCAUGGAACGCCGGUGUAGGCGGCGACAGCAACCAAAACGUCGCAUACCGACUCACAGAAGGUCUCUACGACAUGCUCAAGACGGCGAAGAAAGACGUAUGCGACAUCAAACUCUGGAUCGUGGCUUCCGGGACGAACAAUCUGCAGAAGAAGCGUGCGUUCCGGAAGCAGGAUGUGGAGAGCUGGAGAGUAUUGGUGGAGGCUUGUCUGAGGAUUGCGCCAAAGAGUACGGUGUUGGCGUGCGACAUGUCGUAUAGACUGGAUAUAUCUGAUGAGAUUGUGGAUCAGAGUAAUGAGAUGCUAAGGGAGGUUGUUGGAGAGAUCAACGGGGUUCUUCGGGUUGAGAAGGAGCACGAGCUGCAGACAUAUGAGGAUCAGACUGAACGGGAUCGCGAGGACAAGGUGAAGUGGGUUGAUACGAGGCACAUGUUCAUCAAGAACAUGCUUGACGACCAUGUGCAUCUGAAUGAGGGGGGCUAUUGGUUGUGGGAUUUUGUGUUAUGGCCGCAUGUGGCGAGGGUCUUGGUCGUCCCGACAGAGGAAGAUGAUCAGCUUCUUGAUUGGACGUGA